CGAACAUCCCAGACACGUAUGCAAAAAUGAUGGAAUUGCACUUAUAAUGUUUCAAUUAUUCUCAAUAGUAAAUGAGAAAAAAAAAUACACAAGUUCUAUAGAACAAGAAGAACAUUGGAUAUUGCAUUUUUCCUUGACAUGUCUAUGAAGAAAGAGUCACCGUGGGACGUGGAGCUACAUUUAGCAGCAGCUCGAGGCGACGCAAAACGUCUUCAGCUUCUUCUUGACUCUGGACGCGUUCAUGUUGAUUGCAAGGACAAGGACGGUACAACACCAUUGAUGUUAUCGGCAGCUGGUGGUCAUUACGACAGUGUUGCCGAACUAUUGCAACAAGGAGCUGAUCCCAAUUCAAAAAGAUUGACUGGAACAAAUGCAUUAUUUUUUGCAUCCCAAGGAGGCUUUGCUGACAUUGCAACCCUGCUUUUGGAUCACGGUGCCAUUGUCGAUUCUAGUAGUAUUGAUGGAGGAACACCAUUAUUUGUUGCCUGUCAAUAUGGUCAUUACAAUGUCGUCGAAAAUCUCAUCGAUCGAGGCGCCAAUGUUAACGCUCAUAUGAAAGACGGUGCAAAUGCUCUAUUUAUUGCAUCACAAAAUGGUCACGUUCGUAUUUUAAAUCUGCUUUUGGAUCAUGGUGCAAAAAUGGAUGCCACACGAACUGAUGGUGCUACACCAUUAUGGAUCGCUGCACAAAUGGGCCACGAUCAUGUUGUCAAAAGACUUCUGAAAGCUGGAGCAAAAGUAGAUGCCACACGUCACGAUGGUGCAACGCCUCUUUUUAAAGCCGCACACAAAGGUCACACGGCUGUUAUUGGUGAACUUUUGAAAUAUCGACCAUCCCUCGGUAUUCUUCCAAAUGGCGAAAGUGCACUUCACGCGGCAGCUUUGACAGGACACAUGACAGUGUCAAGACAACUUGUUGGAGCUGGUGCCGAUCCUCUAUUAAUGAAUCAGGAGGGCCUCACACCACUUCAGUUUGCCAUUCGACAUUCUCAACAUCAGGUUGCAAAUUAUCUGAAAGAAAAAGUGCGUCAGAGGACAUCAACACGUUAAAAUUUUCGCAAAAAAAAAAAAAAAAAAAAAAAAAAAAAAAAAAAAAUGAAA